CGAAAAUAUACCUCAAACUAUUGCGACCUCCAAGUUGGAAAUAAUGUCAGAGACCUCAAUAUCUUUAGCGAUAACAGGGUGUUGAUCUUUCUUUUUGAAAGAGCUUUUCUAUGUGGUGUUUCAUUGACCACACCCGAUUCGAGCUCGCGAAAGAAGAGAGCAAGUAAGCGAAGGUCUGGAUGUAGCCACCGAAAUCUAGAAGGUUCGCUAACGCGAAAUCCGGCUCGUUCCAGCAGAGGUUAAUGUGGAACAAAGGCAAAGCGACACAGAGAGCACUGCGCAUGAAAUUGCCUUAGAGAGGGCUUAACGCGCUUGUCACGCGGAUGACUGUUUACGAGCCUGUCACAUAUAAGACGUAAUAUCGCCUAUGCGAGUGACGGAUUGGCGAAUCCGGGUGCACUCGUUACCACUUGCAAAACCUUUUGCGCUGUUCGUUCGUUUAUUUACCAAAGCCAUUCUGUCCCAUUGUAGCAUAAAACCUUACUGCGAGUAAUCCAAUUUCCAUUGUGGAAAAACACCUUUUUAAUGCUCAUGGCUCCAUUGUGGCAAAAGAGCUUCUUUGUGUGGAUCAUUGUCAUUGUGGCUGGCAGUGCCAGUGAUGGAAGUUCGGCGAAUACGACGGAGACAACGUCAGCCUUCAGGUGGACCGAACACCUGUCGAGCACAAGACCCUUAAUGACGUCACCAACUGCGUCAAGCAUCAGUACCUCGAUGACGUCAUCAUCUACGUCAAGCUUUAGUCCCUCGUUAACGUCAUCAAAUACGUCAAGCAUUAAAACCAAAAUAACGUCAUCUACUACGUCAAGCAUUAGGCCCUCGAUGACGUCAUCCACUACGUCAAGCAUUAGUCCCUCAAAAACGUCAUCCACUACGUCAAUCAUAAGAACCACGAUAACGUCAUCUACUACGUCAACCAUUAGUCCCACGAUGACGUCAUCCACUACGUCAAGCAUUAGUCCAUCGAUGACGUCAUCAACAACGUCAAGCACUAGACCUACGAUAACGUCAUCAUUUACGUCAAGCAUUAGUCCCCCGAUGACGUCAUCAAAUACGUCAAGCAUUAGACCAUUGAUGACGUCAUUAACUACGUCAAGCAUUAGUCCCUCAAUGACGUCAUCCACUAUGUCAAACAUUAGAACCACGAUAACGUCAUCUACUACGUCAAGCACUAGGCCCCCGAUGACGUCAUCCACUACGUCAAGCAUUAGUCCCUCGAUGACGUCAUCAAAUACGUCGAGCAUUAGACCAUUGAUGACGUCAUCAACUACGUCAAGCAUUAGGCCCUCGAUGACGUCAUCCACUACGUCAAGCAUUAGGCCCUCAAUAACGUCAUCCACUACGUCAAACAUUAGAACCACGAUAACGUCAUCUACUACGUCAAGCACUAGGCCCACGAUGACGUCAGCCCAUACGUCAAGCAUUAGGACCUCAAUAACGCCAUCCACUACGUCAAACAUUAGAACCACGAUGACGUCAUCAACUACGUCAAGCACUAGACCUACGAUAACGUCAUCCACUACGUCAAGCAUUAGUCCCUCGAUGACGUCAUCAGUUACGUCAAGCAUCAGUCCCACGAUGACGCCAUCCACUACGUCAAGCAUUAGAACCACGAUGACGUCAUCAACUACGUCAAGCACUAGACCUACGAUAACGUCAUCCACUACGUCAAGCAUUAGUCCCACGAUGACGUCAUCUCCUACGUCAAGCAUUAGUCCCACGAUGACGUCAUCCACUACGUCAAGCAUUAGACCUACGAUAACGUCAUCUACUACGUCAAGCAUUCGUCCCACGAUGACGUCAUCAGUUACGUCAAACAUCAGUCCCACGAUGACGUCAUCCACUACGUCAAGCAUUAGUCCCACAAUGACGUCAUCAACUACGCCUAGCAUUAGUACUUCGAUGAAGUCAUCCACUACGUCAAGCAUCAGUACCUCGAUGACGUCAUCAGUUACGUCAAGCAUUAGUUCCUCGAUUGUUACCAAGAUAACAACGGCAAGUCCAACGGAUUCCUCGCUUGAAGAGCACCUGACCACUCCAAGUUCUCGGAGUGAUGUCGGGGCUAUCGUGGGCGGAUUGCUUGGAGGCGUGGCGCUUGUCCUGUUUGUUGCCAUGGUAAUAUACCUAGUCUGGCGGCUACGACAAAAGCCAAUAUCUGUUUCAAAGACGAGUGCUGCCGUAAGCAAAAAUACAAAUGAUGACCCUGAACGUCACAGCCGAGACACUGUAUCCCCAGACCUUAUAGCGUACCAAAACGUGGGGAUGACAGGAUCAAAGAACGCAUCUGGGCAACCCAGCAAAGUGGACAAAACCGCGGACUACGAUGAUGUAUUGCCAUCUGAUUCAUACGCGGAGAUACAUGGUCGCCCUUUGAAACACACGAGCAAAGUACCGGCUUCGGGAAUUUACACGGACUUAAAAGACGGCCGUGAUGUAUGCUAUGCUUCUCUCCAUUCCCGGCCAUUAGACAAACAAACCAUUGAAUCGGAUGACGGCUAUUCCCCUUACGAAGUACCUGCUUCGGGAAUGUACGCUGAACCAAACGAACAGGAUCCUGGUUAUACUUCUCUUUAUUCCCGCCCGUUAGACAAACAGACCAUUGAAUCGGAUGAUGGCUAUAUCUCUCCAGUACCUGCUCCGGGAAUGUACGCGGAACUAAACGAUCAGGGCACAGAUCAUGCCUCUCUAUAUUCCCGCUUAUUAGACAAACAGACCAUUGAACCAGAAGAACCCCCCGUCUACCUGGAAUUAGUAUAAAUCAAAAGUAUGACAAUACUUCUUAUUAUUAUUAUUGCAUAUCAUGUGUAAAGAUUUUAUUUUAAGUAGACCCUUAAGUAAAACUGAAAUAAGCUCUUUUGGCGCGAUAGCGAUUUCCCUGUUUACUUUUUUAAAAACGCUUGCCUUGUUUGAAGCAUUUUUUCGCAUAAUUUAUUGUCCGCCAUAUCAAAAAAGUAAUAAAACUAUUUAACACGCUUUAACUAAGCUGUUUUUGUUAAAGUAUUUAAAGAAACACGACUCUACGAUAAAGAAAUAAAGAAAAGUGCUGUA